AUGGGGGCGACCAAAAACCAUCAGCGCCCGAUGAAAGCCACCGACUUCAACAGUUUGCCGCCCGAGCUGGUCUGCAAUAUAAUAGAAGCUUUAGUUGUCAAAAUUGGCAUCCUUAAAGCAGUUAAAUAUCGAUCUGUAAACAAGCGCUUUGAUGCAGAGAUUAUGGUUUCCAUAUGCGUUAGCCGCGUUGUGAAUCCUUACGACCCCCGCCUCGAUUUAGGCCCAGUGGCACCUCUGGAUCUCAGAGCAAGGGUUUUACUACCAAAGGCUACGUCUUCAAAUCGCAAUAUCGUACCAGAUCCGAAGGUGAAAGCCAUUGCGUAUGUAAAUGCAGAGCUAGACGCUUUGGUCGGUCACACUUCCCAGGAUGUCACCUUUGAGAGACACUUGAAGAUUGCAAAGGCAGUUUCACAUCAUUACUGGCGUACCAGCGCCUAUGCUUAUUCCACCUGUAGUAGCCUCCCAGGGCCCGAGAAGGAUCGAGCGCAAACCAUCUUGUGCGGCGCAAUAGUGCUUGGCGAUUUGUCCAUAGUCCGCUCUUUGGUCAAAGACUUCAAUGACUCCAAAGACGCCUCAUUGCCAUUUAUAAAGGAAUCGCUCCAGUCUAGCUUGGCGUUCCAUCCGAUCUAUGGCUUCAACGACAACUUAUUUUCAUUGAAUAGGGACUCAUUCUCAUUGAAUAGGGAUUCGCUCCUGUUUGGCUACCCGCUCCAUCUGGCCGCCGCCUGGGGUCACAUCGACAUUGUUCGCUAUCUCCUCGAGAUGGGCGCUGAUCCUAGGAUUACUACGCCGUCUUUUGACCGUAGGAAUCAGCCCACUGCCACUUGGUUGCUUCCCGCCAGGGCACCUGCGUCAAUCCUGCAAGUCGUUGAUUGGCGUAAUGCUGAUCGCUCCGUCACCGGCAGCCCUCUAAGAGUCGCUGUAUUGGCUGGCCAUGACGAUAUUGCACGUUUGCUCAUGGAGCCGGAGCACCGACAAGAUACAGAUAAAGUCGAAUUCUUCCAAGCCAUCUUGGCCACAGCCCGUAUGGGCCAUCUGGACAUCCUUGAACUUCUUCUUAAUGCUACCGAGGGAAAAUCGCUUCUUGCGUAUCCACUGCUGGCACAAGAAUACUUGAGAGCGGCAGUGCUCUACAAAAACACUGCGCUAGUCAACCAUCUGUUGAGCCUGGGCAUAUGUAUCAACACAGAGAACGAUUUCGGUCGAUUGCAUGGCCUCCCUUGCGCACUAUCGAUAGCAAGUAAACAAGGGAAUACGCCCAUGGUCCGCUUACUGCUGAGCAAGGGAGCGGAUGCCACGAUCCCUAACCAUCCCACGAUCCCAGACUACACUGCAACUCGGCCAACAAAGAAAAUACCGAUAGCUCCCGUCGAAUGUGCAGCAUUUCAAGGUCACCAGGAGAUAGUGAGCCUACUUUUAAAUCAUGGGGCUUCUGUGGCGGCAGCGCUGCUCUUCGCGUCGCUAGGCAGCCAGUCGCACUUGGUUAGUUGGCUUUGCCAACAAUAUCCAAGCGUCGUGCAAUCUGAUCCAUCAUCGGAACAACCAACAGCUGGAAUCGCCGCCAUGUACGAGGCUAUCAAGAAUCUCAAUCCACACAUAGUCAAAACACUAGCGACGGCUGGGGUUUCGCUCAAUGAAUCCCGAUUCUUGGGUAUAACUUUGCUUGACCAGGCAAAAGCAGAGCUGGGGUCAGAAGCCAUCGAGCUUCUUCUUUCUUGUGGAGUAAUAGAUGCCGAUCCGCCUCCCCAAGGUACUUCUUACAAUAGGAAAUACGGUACUCGAUUCCAUGCAUGCGGACGUGUAUCCAUUGCACCGCAAACAUGGGAGUGGGCAGGCAGGUAUUAG